AUGGCAUCAAGAUUUCUCCAAAACUUCUCACGCUCAGCACCCAUUGCGACCCGUUCGAUCCAACAACGAAGCGAAGUCCUCGCACCGGUGAUCACCCGCACAUACGCCAGCAGCGCCGCACCAGGCCAGUCUUCCAACGUCUCCAACCCACAAGCAAGCAGCGCCGAGAGCCAGAGUAUCAACAAAAGCGCCUCAGUCGGCCAGACCGACAGGAACGAUGGCGAUCACGCAUCGAUACAAAACCCAGUCAGCCAUCCAGAGCACGACCGCGCAGGCGCGACGGAAGAGACAACGGAGAGUCAGGACAAUAUGAAGCAUGACCCGAAGGAGUCGGAUGCGAAGAAGAGGGAGAAGACGCUGAGCUAUGGGCAGAACAAGCCUUUGGAUGCGGCUGAUAAGUAG